CCCACGUAAAAAAACCAAACGAAAGCUAUGGUGUUCCACACUGCAGCAGUCCAAAUUGAAGUAGUGCAAAUGCAAGCAGUUCUAGUCCAAAUUGGAGUACUCCAGUAGUUCUUUUUGGGUUGCGACGAAAGUUCUUUUUUUAUGUGAUGAAAAUUAACGUGACGGAAGUGCUAUCAUUCCCAAACUAGCGACGUCCUCGUCAAUAUAGUCGACAAAGAGGUGAGAUUCAUAAUCUAUGUCGUUUCUGUUUCGGACAUAGUUGGCUUUGAUGAAAACCUUAUUGAACCGUACGUACAUCAAUGGGUUGUCAAGCUAUUUUGUGCCUAAGUAUUUUCCCAUGAUCCUUAGCAGUUCGAACAAUGUAUAGGUCACUGUAUAGUUCUCUAUACCUAGUUCGAAAAACACAUCACUCUGAUUUGUUUGCUAGAUAUCUGGCUGGAUGCACAAUGUGCCCUCCUCUGUCACGUGUUGGUCGUAUCACGAAAAAACUUAAGUCAUCGACUUAACUAAGUCUAGACCUAAGUCAGACUUAAGUGUAUAAAAUUAGCACGUAAGCGCACAUAACGAAGACUUAAAUCUGACUUAUGUCCAAAUUUUGACUUAAGUCAGACUAUAAGCCAGACUUAAGUUUUUUUGUGAUACGGCCCUGCGGACAUUGUGCUGUAUAAGCUGAUGAGGGGAUUAUACCAAAUGAUAAAUCGCUAUGUGGAUAAAUUAGAUGGACUAUAGGUAGUCGAGGGUGCUGAUUCCGAAUAUGAACAUCAGAAAUACCCUUAGGCAUUCCGAUGUGUAGAUUGCAAUUGUGACUUUCGUCACAUCUGUAGUUUAAUGAUAAUUUUCUGCUGCUGUAUUAUCGUUCAUGUAGAAUAAAAUAAAGCUGAAAAGCAAAGAAUGCGACAUUAUACCGAUUGUCUAUUUAUUUUAUCAUAUUUUUUUAUUAAUACUUCUUAAGAAGUAAACGUAAACAUUUUCACAUUUUUGCCCGAUAGAGCAACGAUCUUUUGAAAACUUUCAUUCAGUUUCGGAAGAAAACGCACGGAACGGGCGUUAGAAACACAAGAUGAAUUUCAUUCUUCAUUGUGGGAGCUAGGUGUUAGUGUCGAAUACCAAACAUGUGCAACACCGAAGUUCGAAAACUUUUAUAUAAUUCGUUAUAAAACAUGCCAGUUUGCAACGUAUGCACGAGAAAAAUUACAUGCAUUUCAGUUUCCGGAUGGAGAAGUAUUAUCUGUACAAUAUUAUGAUGACAAAAUUAUCGCCGAUUUAGUUAGUUCUCAAAAUGGAAGUUAUGAUACAUGUGGAAUUGGACAGUUAAUCCACCAGAUGAGUAAUCUUCAAGGUAGUCAAGAAGAAUACUUAGAACAUUGUAACAUCCCAUUACCACCAAAACAAAAAUAUGCGCCAUUUGAUUGUCCAGUAGCUAAAACGCUUCAGAUAUCUCCACAACGUUCGAUACCAGAUGAUUAUCUUCGUGAUGUUUUCAAUCGUUUUGGUAAUUUAAUUGAUGUUAGUAUGCAUGGCCCAAGAACGGCGUAUGCCACUUACGCCGAUGUUAAAAGUGCAAAUCGAGCAUGUGAACAGUUAAAUGAUUUAAUGGAAGAAGCAUUUCGUAUUAAUCAACGAAAAAGUCGGAAAGCAAAAAAUGAUGUUGCAGUCCAAGGAACAAACGAUUCCAGUGUAUUAAGUAAAGUAUCAAUGGUUAAAUUGGGCUAUUUCGAUGACCCGUAUAUCGGUGAAUUUGUUGAAAAAGAUGUUCGCCGAUCACCAUCAAUUAAUCGUGGUUAUUAUAUUCGUAUGAAAGCACUUGAAUAUGCAUUAAACACGUUUUAUUCCAUAUACGAUCAACAAGAUGUUCAAAUUGUGAAUUUAGGUGCAGGUUUUGAUUCCACAUGGUUUCGAUUAAGUGAUGAACGAAAAACUCGAACUUAUUUCGUCGAUAUUGAUUUUCCAGAUGUUAUGAAACGAAAAUUAUCGUUGAUAGCUGCUCGUCCAAAAUUAAAUGAUAUUUUUGAAUCACAUCAAGAAACUUACAGUGUUUUAGAUAAUUUUGUGCUAGAUGCGGAUUUUGAUAUUAAACGUGGAAUUAACACGCGAAUGUCAUGGUCUAAUCGAGACGCGUCGUUAACUGUGAAAUCAGAUUAA